AUGGGACCCUUCGCCAAAGUAUUGGAACCCUUAGUUCAGGUGUUCGGGCCCUUUCCGAAAGUGUUGGGACCCUUCGCUAAAGUGUUGGGAUCCUUCGCUAAAGUGUUGGGAUCCUUCGCUAAAGUGUUGGGACCCUUCGCCAAAGUAUUGGGCCCUUCGCCAACGUUGUUGGCACACUUCGCCAAAGUCUUGGGACCCUUCGCUAAAGUGUUCGGACCCUUCGCUAAUGUGUUGGGACCCUUAGCUAGAGUGGUGGAACCCUUCGCCAAAGUCUUGGAACCCUUCGCUAAAGUGUUGGGACCCUUCGCUAAUGUGUUGGGACCUUUAGCUAGAGUGGUGGAACCCUUCGCCAAAGUGUUGUGA